UUGAUUGGUCUUUCAUAGUUGUAAGUUCUGCCGCCGACUGCUUUCUGCUCGAGAAUUUUCUCAAGUUGAAGUCGUUAUUCGAUUUGUUGUAGGGUUAUUGUCAUCCACUUAUUCUGUGGUUAUGUACAAGUUAGAUUCUGAAGCAGAUUAGUUACGAGUACAUUUGCGGAGUGUUUCUAAAUAAAUGUAUGAACAUAUUCCUUAAACAACUGCUUGUUUAAAAUUUGUGUAAUGAUCUAAAAGCUAUAUUGUUUUGUAGUGGAAAUUCUUGUUUGAUACUAACAAACAAAUAUUUUUUUCUAUUUCAGGAAGUGAUAAGUGGAAAUUUACUAAGUAGUAGACUAGGCUAAAUUCUAUGAAAAUUACUUCAGUAAUCACUGAAGCUGAACAAGCCAAACAAUAAAAAAAAUGUCAACCAAACGAAAUUAUGAAGGGCCAGAUGAUGAGGAGAAGAAAAAUGAGGAGACUGAGCAAUCCGAAGACCAAAACAAAAGGCAAAAGAUGACUUUUGGAUUCACAAAAACCACACCAAAGAUAUCAAAAGGAAUUAACAUUAAUAAACCUGUGAAAGGAAUCAAUAUGAAGCUGGAAUCCCAGAAUAAAGUUACCCAAUUAAAGAAGCCAUUGAAGAGUGUUUUCAAUGAUGAGAGCGAUGAAAGUGAAGAAGAAAUGCCACCAGAAGCCAAAAUGAGAAUGAGAAAUAUUGGAAGGGAAACUCCAACUUCCGCCGGACCUAACUCAUUUGGCAAGACUAAACAGGGGUUCUGUGAUGCAAAGAAGGUGUUUGAAAAAAAUUUAAAGAAGGCAGCAUUAGAAAACUCUGGGGAUGAAGAUUCAAAGAAAAAUACUUGAAAUAAUAAAUUGAAGAAUGUUUUUUAUACUGUACCUUAUAUUUUUAAGAAGUUAUUUUUAACAAUUGUUAGUUGCAAAUUUUUUAUUUUAAGGCUGCAGUGCAUAAAUUCAUGAAUCUUAGUUAGUUUGUUACUAAGAAAGUUAUUUUCAUGUUUUAAAUGUAAUAAAUUUACAUGAUAUUAUGUUAA